AUGCCUCGCCGCAGUUGGCUUCAAUCAGGGAAGAUUGGGUUGCCGGGUGCGCCCCCGAUGUCAGGGUUGCUCCGCGGCCCAGCCGCUCAGUGGCCGGCAAAAAGGACCAUGGCCUUUGUGGAGAUUUUGUCGAACUCUUUGAUUUCAGCAUUGCGAUGGCUUCUCCGGCGGCUCUUCAGGCAGACAUGGCUACGGCAGCUGCAGGCACCUGCAGGGGAGGUUUCCUACCAGGAGAAGGUUCGGCAUGUGACCUCUCCAGGGUCACCGAAAACAUGGAGCACAUGGCUACGCUGCGACUCCAACUUUGUGAUUACAGAGGUGCAGUUAGAGCUCUGUAAGUUGCUGCGCUACGAGCCGGAAUCGCUGAUUGGCAGGAGUGUGCUGGUCCUCAUGCCCAGUGUGGUUUCAGAGGCCCAUGCCUCGCUCUUUCGCCGGCUCCAAGCGAUGCCAGGUUGGCGUCGUGAAGCGCUGCUGGGCCACGCAUCGCGCUGCCGUGAUGCCGUGAUCCUGGAUUCUGAGGGUGCUCCGCUUCCUUGCCGGCUCACGGUGAACAUCCAUGCAGAUCUAUCUUCAAAGCUUGUCUUUGAAAGCGUCAGGGGCAAGAUUGCGCAAUGCGUUCCGCGUGGCUUCGGACAAUUUCUACGCCAGCCAGCAGCUCCCCACAUCAUUGACUGCCAGGAGGUCGCCUGCAUCAUGACGGACGUUGCGAACACUACGCGCUUCGCGACCUCCCAGACUCCGCGAAUGAUGGCUGAGCUGUUGCAUCAGGUCUAUGUCACAGCCAAUGCAGUUGUCCAGAGGGAGGCCCAUCCCUACGUCUAUAUCCACGAGGCAGUGGGCGACAGCUUGCUUCUACUCUGCAAUGCAGAGUUCAUGGCGCGAUAUCCAGGCCGGACAGCUUCGAUAGCAAUCUACGUUGCAGCCAAGGUGCAGAGAGCUGUAGAUGAGAUGCUAUCAGCCUUCGCAGAUGGUGAUCAUGGAAUGUACCUGCGGACCGGUGUUGCUUUGGGACCCUUGUGUGCUGGAGUGGUGGACGGUCGCAACUUCCGCGUAUUCGGAUCGACGAUACACCUCUCCCAGCGCUUGGAAUCAGUAUGCCCACGCUCGCGAAUUGCCUGCUGCAAGAACUUCACGACACAGCUCCUGGACGAGGUGAAGGAGGCAGAUUUCAAUCUGGUGCCGGCAGCCGUGGAUUUAAAGGGUUUUGGCACCGUGGAGUACUCAGUUGUGGACUUUCUUGGCAGCAGUCUCCCAGGUCAGCAAGAGAAAGGCGUUUGA